AUGGGCUGUUGCGUCUCAACAAGCAGUCAGAGUACUUGUAGUAGCAGGAGCACCGGAGACACAACCGCUCCGAUGUGUCUAGAAAUAGGAUUCUGUGGUCAAAAGAGUGGAAGGAGAAGAUGCUCUGAUCAUGCUGUCUCUCUGCACCAAUUACCAUCCUUACCCAACAGAAUUUUCACGAAUGGAAAGAGCAGGUCUUCUUGCAUAUAUACACAGCAGGGUCGUAAGGGUAUUAAUCAGGAUGCCAUGAUUGUAUGGGAAGAUUUCAUGUCAGAAGAUGUGACCUUUUGUGGUGUCUUUGAUGGACAUGGUCCACAUGGUCACCUUGUUGCACACAGAGUCACAGACGCCUUGCCACUCAAACUGCUUUCAUUUUUGCAUCCCUCCGAAUCAGGGCGAAAUGGUUCAGGUAAAACUUGUUUCAGAGGCAACGCGAAGCCUGAAAGUGGAGAGUCUGAGAAAGAUGCCACAGCUGAAGAUAAACUGAAUUCUAUGUGGAGAGAAGCUUUCAUGAAGGCAUACAAGGCUAUGGAUAAAGAGCUGAGGUCUCAUCCAAAUUUGGACUGCUUCUGUAGUGGGAGCACAGCUGUCACUGUUGUGAAACAGGGUUCAAAUUUAUUCAUAGGCAAUAUUGGAGACUCCCGAGCAAUCAUGGGAUCCAAGGACAGCAAUGACUCCAUGGUGGCAGUUCAGUUGACCAUUGAUUUGAAGCCUGAUUUGCCAAGAGAAGCUGAAAGAAUCAAACGAUGCAAGGGUAGGGUAUUUGCAUUACAAGAUGAGCCAGAAGUUCAUAGGGUAUGGUUGCCUUUUGAUGAUGCACCAGGAUUAGCAAUGGCUAGAGCAUUUGGAGAUUUUUGCUUGAAGGAAUACGGUGUGAUUUCUAUACCUGAAUUUUCUCAUCGGUUACUAACAGACAAAGAUCAGUUCAUUGUUCUUGCCUCGGAUGGGAUCUGGGAUGUUUUGAGCAACGAAGAGGUGGUUGGGAUAGUAUCUUCAGCACCGACUCGAUCAUCAGCAGCAAGGAUUCUGGUGGAUUCCGCGGCUCGAGAGUGGAAACUUAAAUAUCCUACUUCGAAAAUGGAUGACUGUGCUGUAGUGUGCCUAUUUCUGGAUGGAAAAAUGGAUUCAGAAUCUGAUUGUGAUGAGCAAUGCUUCUCUUCUGCUACCAUCCAGAGCAACCAUUCGGGUAAUCCUGUUGAGACAGAUGAUGGUCAAAAGUCUGAGCCAACUUUGCAAAGGAACUUCACAGUGAGAUCCUCGGAAGAGAAUGCCACCUAUGGAAGAGGAGUAGUAUCUGCUGAUGAUGUUGAAGAUAUAACAUCAGGCGCUGAAGAUCAAAACUGGUUAGGUUUGGAGGGUGUGACCAGAGUAAACUCACUGGUUCAACUUCCUAGAUUUUCUGAGGAAAAGCCAGACUCCUGA